UGUCCGUAAAGGGAAAAAAUGAAAGCUUCCUCUCUAAGGCAACACAAGAAAAAGCAAGAUCAGCUUCAGCAGAUCAGAUCAAGAGGAUGCAGCAGAGCUUUGUGUUGUAGUUGCAGGCUUAGUGUUUCAUCUUCCGAGGAAGCUGAGAGCACCAGUUCGGAUCGGUUCGCAUCGGUUUCGAGCCUGGCUCACGCCAUGGUCCAGGAAAGGUUGGAGCAGAUGAUCAGAGAAAGACAGGAAGUGAAGACUAUCAAUAGUAACGUUGCAGAGAGAAGAAGGCAAAGAGUAAGUAGUAGUAGUGAUCAAGGGACUAGUACAAAGUUCGUUUUAAUGGUGGCCAUGGAGAAGUGUUCUUAUGAUAUUAGAGAGGAUUUUAGAGAAUCCAUGGUGGAGAUGAUUAUGGCCAAUCGGAUUGGAGAGCCUAAGGAUCUUCGCAGUCUCUUAAACUAUUAUGUUUCCAUGAAUUCGGAUGAAUAUCAUGGUAUAAUAUUGGAGGUCUUCCAUGAAGUUUGCUCCCGUUUGUUUUUAUCUUGUAAAGGCCAUUAUUGAUAAUCAAUAUCAAAAUGAUAAUGUAAUGAGAUCAUUCGUCUCUCUGUCUCUGUCUCUAUAUGUAUAUGUAUGCGUCCAGGAGCAUUUUUUUCUUCGCUAUUGUCCUCUUGAAUCAGCUUAGAAUUGUGACUCAUGACUUAUAACUCAAUUUUUCUUGCUUUACA